AUGUCCACUCGGUGGGAGGAGUCAUUGGGAGUCGGUGGGAGGAGUCAUUGGGAGUCGGUGGGAGUCGGUGGGAGGAGUCUGUGGGAGGAGUCUGUGGGAGGAGUCUGUGGGAGUCGGUGGGAGUCGGUGGGAGUCGGUGGGAGGAGUCUGUGGGAGUCGGUGGGAGUCGGUGGGAGGAGUCUGUGGGAGUCGGUGGGAGGAGUCAGUGGGAGGAGUCGGUGGGAGUCUGUGGGAGUCUGUGGGAGUCGGUGGGAGGAGUCUGUGGGAGUCGGUGGGAGGAGUCGGUGGGAGUCGGUGGGAGUCGGUGGGAGUCGGUGGGAGGAGUCGGUGGAAGUCUGUGGGAGUCGGUGGGAGGAGUCGGUGGAAGUCUGUGGGGGAGUCGGUGGGAGGAGUCGGUGGGAGUCGGUGGGAGUCAGUGGGAGUCGGUGGAAGUCUGUGGGAGUCGGUGGGAGUCGGUGGGAGUCGGUGGGAGUCGGAAGUCGGUGGAAGUCGGUGGAAGUCGGUGGAAGUCGGUGGAAGUCGGUGGAAGUCUGUGGGAGUCUGUGGGAGUCGGUAGGAGUCGGUGGGAGUCGGUGGGAGUCGGUGGGAGGAGUCGGUGGGAGUCGGUGGGAGUCGGUGGAAGUCGGUGGGAGUCGGUGGGAGUCGGUGGGAGUCGGUGGGAGUCGGUGGGAGGAGUCGGUGGGAGGAGUCGGUGGGAGUCAGUGGGAGUCGGUGGGAGUCGGUGGGAGGAGUCUGUGGGAGUCGGUGGGAGGAGUCAGUGGGAGUCGGUGGGAGUCGGUGGGAGUCGGUGGGAGUCGGUGGGAGUCGGUGGGAGUCGGUGGGAGUCUGUGGGAGUCUGUGGGAGUCGGUGGGAGUCGGUGGGAGGAGUCGGUGGGAGGUGUCGGUGGGAGUCGGUGGGAGUCGGUGGGAGGAGUCGGUGGGAGGAGUCGGUGGGAGGAGUCGGUGGGAGUCGGUGGGAGGAGUCUGUGGGAGUCGGUGGGAGGAGUCAGUGGGAGUCGGUGGGAGUCUGUGGGUGUCGGGAGUCGGUGGGAGUCGGUGGGAGUCAGUGGGAGUCGGUGGGAGUCGGUGGGAGGAGUCGGUGGGAGUCGGUGGGAGGAGUCGGUGGGAGUCUGUGGGAGUCGGUGGGAGGAGUCAGUGGGAGGAGUCAGUGGGAGUCGGUGGGAGGAGUCUGUGGGAGUCGGUGGGAGGAGUCUGUGGAAGUCGGUGGGAGUCGGUGGGAGGAGUCUGUGGGAGUCGGUGGGAGUCUGGGAGUCGGUGGGAGGAGUCAGUGGGAGUCGGUGGGAGGAGUCGGUGGGAGGAGUCAGUGGGAGGAGUCAGUGGGAGGAGUCAGUGGGAGUCGGUGGGAGUCGGUGGGAGUCGGUGGGAGGAGUCGGUGGGAGGAGUCGGUGGGAGGAGUCGGUGGGAGGAGUCAGUGGGAGGAGUCAGUGGGAGGAGUCAGUGGGAGUCGGUGGGAGGAGUCUGUGGGAGUCGGUGGGAGUCGGUGGGAGUCUGUGGGAGGAGUGGGAGUCGGUGGGAGUCUGUGGGAGGAGUCGGUGGGAGUCGGUGGGAGUCGGUGGGAGGAGUCUGUGGGAGUCAGUGGGAGGAGUGGGAGUCGGUGGGAGUCGGUGGGAGUCGGUGGGAGUCUGUGGGAGUCGUGGGAGUCGGUGGGAGUCGGUGGGAGUCAGUGGGAGGAGUGGGAGUCGGUGGGAGUCGGUGGGAGGAGUCGGUUCCGGCCCGGUCAGAUCUCGGCCUGUCCCGGAGCAGCAGGCGGCCCGUCAUGGGGAGGAGGGCCGCGAGCUGCGAGUGGUUCUGAACACACACGACCCGGACUACGAGCACAUAUUCUCCAUCCAGGCGUACGACGACCCCAUGGACGAGAUGCUCUACUUCAGCCCAUCUGCCAACGAGACCCAGGAAGCGGCUGUCAAAGAGGUAUCAGACAAAAAGACGGCAGAGAAAAAGACAGACAAACCGGCCAAAGUGAGCACGCCUGUCAUCCGGAAGGACGUGAAGACACAGAAGCCGCCCGCUGCGCCGAAGGCCAAGCCCAAACCUGUCAAGACCAAACGCAUGGCCAAAGGGAAAGACCCAGAGGACCGGUGUCUGCUGCCCAUGGAGGAGGGCAGCUGCGGCCGCUACACUCUGCGCUGGUAUUUCAACAGUGUGGUCCAGGCCUGCAGACCCUUCAUCUACGGCGGCUGUGAGGGCAACGAGAACCGAUUCCUGCAGCCGGAGGACUGCGAGGAGGCCUGUCUGGGCAAAGGUCCGAGUCCGUUCAGAAGAGCGAGAUGA